AUGGUAUUUUUGGUAAUUUCUCAUGAAACUAUUGCAAGUCUUUUACAAGUUUGUCCGGUUCUUGAAUAUUUGGUUGUAAGCCAAACCAAAGAUGACAAUGUGAUGUUCAAGGUUGUUCCGCCUUGGUUUUGUUUGCCAUCGCUCAAGAGUUUGCACCUUUUAUCGGUUAAAUUCUCGGGUGAUAAAUCUCUUGCAAAGCUUCUAGAAAGUUGUGAGGUUCUUGAUAAUUUGGUUGUGAAACGAACCCAAGAUGACAAUGUAAUGAUAUUCAAUAUCAAUGUGCCUUCUUUGAGGAGCUUAUCUGUUGAGAACUUUAAAGGGAAACGCGCAUACGUUGCGGAGAAUCAUGGGUUUGUGAUAAAUGCUCCUUUUUUGGAGAAACUUUACUUCAAAGAUGCAUUCAGUAACUUUCUAAAGUUUGAACAUAUGCCAAAGGUGAUCAAGGCGAAUAUUCAGGUUAUUUGUGGCCAAUCUGAGAAGUUCAUAAGAUCUAUCGCCUCAAUCCAACAUCUUUCUCUCUGUUCUCUAACUUCAGAGACUCCAUAUCCUUGUGGCACUGUCUUCCACUCUCUUGAACAUCUAGAACUAUGUACAUGUUCUGCGGGAUGGGCGAAUCUACUUGCUUCUAGACUCAGUGACGCUCCAAGACUUCGAUCUCUCAAGCUUAAAUCGCAUCACAGUGCCCGUUACAAUGAUCCGAUGAACCCAUGGAACGAACCAACAGUAAGUCCGGAAUGUUUAUCAACGCAUCUGGAGAACUUGGAAUGGAGACAAUAUGAAGGCACAGAGCAAGAGAGGAAUGUGGCUGCCUACAUACUAGCAAACGCUACUUGUCUAAAGAUAGCGACGUUCUCAACAAGAUGUCGAAACAAAUAUCAUCGCAUGCUCAAGAAGUUAAAGAAACUUAACAAAGUUUCAGAGAUAUGUCAGUUAGUGUUUGAGUGAACUCUAAUGUAAUGGUGUGUGUCUCUAGAAGACACAUGUUUUUUUUUAAUAAUAUCUGGACCUUCUCUAUUUAGUGAAAACAGAGCAGUUGUAUA